UUUGAUGUACGUUACAUUUUCCGCAUCACAUGUUAGGGGGUGCGCCAUGGCACUUGGAAAUCUGGCUCUGUGGUUACUGACUCUGUCGUCACUGCCAUCACCAAGGAGGGAUAUAGACAUGUUGAUACCGCAGCGCAAUAUGGAAUCCAAGAAGAGGUAGGGAAAGGGCUGCAAGCUGCUCUGCAAUCAGGCAUAGAGAGGAAGGACCUCUUCAUCACAUCAAAGCUAUGAUGUUUAUUAUGUAUAUAAUUAGUGACAUAUAAUAAAAUUCUUUAUAUGUUUAGUAUCCUUGUGAUUGAUUCAAUUUAGAUGAUUUUGUUGGGACAUGGCAGGUGUGAGGAUUUAUCAGCAGAAAGAGUUCGACCGGCGCUGCAGAACACUCUCCAAGAACUGCAACUUGAUUACCUUGAUUUGUAUCUGAUUCACUGGCCAUUUAGGCUGAAAGAAGGUGCGCAUAGGCCUCCGGAGGCAGGAGAAGUGUUAGAUUUUGAUAUGGAGGGAGUGUGGAGAGAAAUGGAAAAGUUGGUGAAGGAUGGACUUGUUAGAGACAUUGGCAUCUCUAAUUUCACAAUCAAGAAGCUCAAUAAGCUGCUCAAGCUUGCCCAGACAAUUCCUGCUGUCUGCCAAAUGGAGAUGCAUCCAGGAUGGAGGAAUGACAAGAUGCUUCAAGCUUGCAAGAAGAAUGGUAUUCAUGCCACUUCUAGUAAUGCAGGCUUAUUCACCACUAGGAUCUGUUGGGGUUGGACCAACCCAGCUUGGGUCCCUUCUCAUGUGUGGGUCACAUGGUGGAAGAUUGUAGGACAUUGUGUCCGGGUGGUUUUUCCCCUCGUCUUGAGGGGUUUUCACAAAGGAAGUAAUCGAGAUACACAGUGUGUCCCGACAAGAGGAUCAUCAAGCGACGAUCGAGAUCUCAUGCAUGACGCUGCAGUUAAUAAGGUGGCAAGCAAGCUGAACAAGAGUCCAUGCCAGGUUCUUAUCAAAUGGGCACUGCAGAGAGAGACUAGUGUGAUCCCCAAGUCCACCCAUGCUGAAAGAAUCCAUGAGAAUAUUCAGGUUUUUGGAUGGGAGAUUCCUGAAGGGGAUUUUAAAGUUCUGAGCAGCAUCAGUGAUCAGAGAAGGGUCUUGGAUGGAGAAGAUCUGUUUGUCAACAAAGAGCUGUUAAGGGUGUUUGAUCAGACAUAUCACUGGAGCCAUUGGAAGUGCAGAGAAGGGUCUUGGAUGGAGAAGAUCUGUUGCUCCCCAGGUCCCUGCACAUGCCUCCAGCCUCCAGCUCACUCUCCACUACCGCCGAAGACUGUUGAACUUAGCAUUGAAUUGGGAUUCACAUCAUCCCAGAAUUAUCUUAAUGUUGUGUUUCAUUUAGAAUUUACUUUCACUGUAUGUUUGUAUUUUAUAUUUCGAUUGUUGUGGUUGUAUGAACUAUGCUGCUUCUCUGGCACGCACAUAAGUUGUUUGUUUAAAUGCUUGAAUGAAUUAAUGAAGUGAAUGCAAGGAAUUUCAGUGCA